CAAUGUUUACAGCACGUUUUGCGUCACCGCGAAAAUAAAACAACGUUUUUUCCCCAGAACCAUCGGUUCCAAUCUACCUAAAAAGCUAUGAACUCGCAGGCUAACGACUCCGACAGUGAAUAUUCGGUCGAAAAUGAGGGUUUGGAAUCUUCCGCGGAAGAAGACAAAGGCAGCGACUCAAAUGACACCGACGAGGAGGAUGCUGAUGACGAUGACGAGGAUGAGGAUGUGCCAAAACUUGCGGACGAUGAGUAUAAAACGAUGCCGUUCGAAGAUUUGCUCAAGCUGCAGAAGAAGCUUGGCGCACGGAUGUACAACGAGGCCAUAUUCGGCACAUCGAAGGAUAAGAAACCAAACGCAUUGAAACCUAAACCCAGCAAAAAGGCUAAACAAAAGUCCGCAUCGGAAAACGAGUCGAGCAGCGAUUCGGACAGCGGCCCGGAGGAGAUGACUUCCAAGCGGAAGGUUCCCGCGCUGGGAAUGGGAAAGAAGGACAAGAAGGCUUCCCUCGCCCAGCCCAGGGAUCCGCGGUUCGAUCCACGGCAGGGGUACUUUAGCGGCCGCCAGUUUCGCAACAACUACAGCUUCCUAAACGACCUCCGGCAGAAAGAGCUGAAGAAGCUGAACAACAAACUAGAGGCCGCAACCGAUCCGGAAGAAGCCAGCAAGAUCAAGUUUCUCAUACAGCGAACGGAAAACCAGGUGCGCGAGUACGCGAAGCAUAAGGCACUCGAUGCUGACCGAAUGCGCGAAAAGCAGCAGACCCGGACCGCGAUACAGGAAGGCAAGCGACCGUUCUUCGAGCGCAAGAGCACCAAACAGGCGCGCGCACUGGUCGAGCAGUACGAUAAGCUUAAAGACCACGGAGCGCUGGACAAGCACAUCGACAAAAGGCGAAAGAAAAUCUCUGCUAAAGAUCGGAAAAAGCUCGACUUUGCUACGUAG